CCAUAGUUUGGAUUUGGAUUUGAUAAUGAUACCGAGUCCUUUUCCUAAUUUGUUAAUCACUUCCCUAUAAAUAGCCACUCUUCCUCAAUUAUUUUUCCUCACUCUCACACUUUAUCUCUAUUUUCAACAAUGGAGAUGGUUUCUUCAAGAUGUUUAGUCGCAGUUUUAACUUGUUUUUUCAUGCUUUCGUUGGUCUCUGCUACCAUCGUUUCGCACAAUGGCCGAGCCAUAACCAUCGAUGGCAAACCUCGAGUUUUGCUUUCCGGUUCUAUGCAUUAUCCCAGAAGCACACCUGGAAUGUGGCCUGACUUGGUGAGGAAGGCUAAAGAAGGAGGAUUAGAUGCCAUUGAAACAUAUGUGUUCUGGAACUCACAUGAACCGUCUCGUCGUGAAUAUGAUUUCAGUGGCAAUCUUGAUCUCGUAAGGUUCAUCAAGACAGUUCAAGCCGAAGGAUUAUAUGUUGUUCUUCGUAUCGGACCUUAUGUUUGUGCUGAAUGGAACUAUGGAGGUUUUCCAAUGUGGUUGCAUAACAUGCCUGGUUGUGAACUGCGUACUACAAACUCCGUAUUUAUGAAUGAGAUGCAAAAUUUCACUACUAAGAUUGUUGACAUGAUGAAAGAAGAAAACAUGUUUGCCUCGCAAGGAGGUCCUAUCAUUCUUGCUCAGGUUGAGAAUGAGUAUGGGAAUGUAAUGGCAUCAUAUGGAGCAGCUGGAAAAGCUUACAUAGACUGGUGUGCUAAUAUGGCUGAAUCACUUGAUGUUGGAGUUCCAUGGAUUAUGUGCCAACAAAGUGAUGCUCCUCAACCUAUGAUCAAUACAUGUAAUGGCUGGUACUGUGACCAAUUCACUCCCAAUAAUGCAAAUAGCCCCAAAAUGUGGACUGAAAAUUGGACCGGUUGGUUUAAGAGCUGGGGUGGUAAAGAUCCUCAUAGGACUGCUGAAGAUCUUGCUUUUGCUGUUGCUAGAUUUUUCCAAACUGGUGGCACUUUCCAAAAUUAUUACAUGUAUCAUGGUGGUACUAAUUUUGGAAGAACCGCGGGUGGUCCAUAUAUCACGACUUCUUACGAUUAUGAUGCUCCCCUUGAUGAAUACGGAAAUUUGAAUCAACCAAAAUAUGGACAUUUGAAGCAACUUCAUGAUAUAUUGCAUUCUAUGGAAUACACACUUACACAUGGCAAUAUCUCCCACAUUGACUAUGGCAAUUCUGUCACGGCAACUAUUUAUGAAAAUGAGCAAGGAUCAGGAUGCUUUUUUGGCAAUGCAAAUCAAUCAUCAGACGCAACAAUUGAAUACCAAGGAACCAAAUAUACAGUUCCUGCAUGGUCUGUCAGCAUUCUGCCUGAUUGCAAAACUGUGGGAUAUAACAGUGCCAAGGUUAAAACUCAAACCACAUUGCUCGUAAAGCAAAUGAAUCAAGCUGAAGAUGAACCAUCGUCUCUUACAUGGUCGUGGAUUCCAGAGAACACUCAUAGAACUUCUCUUUUAGGAAAGGGUCAUGUUCAUACUCAUCAACUCCUCGAUCAAAAAGCUGCUGCUAAUGAUGCCAGUGACUAUCUCUGGUACAUGACCAGCGUGCACCUUAAGGAAGAUGAUCCAGUUCUGAGCAACGACAUAAGGCUUCGAGUUAAUGCUAGUGGCCAGGUUCUACAUGCCUAUAUAAAUGGAAAACACAUGGGAUCUCAGUUUGCCAGAUAUGGUGUUUCCCAUUACGUGUUUGAAGAGAGUGUGAAACUAAAACCAGGAAAGAAUGUGAUCAGUCUACUUAGCGCUACAGUUGGACUACCCAAUUAUGGUCCCAUGUUUGAUUUGGUUCCAACUGGAAUUCCUGGUCCAGUGGAGUUGAUCGGACAAAAGGAUGGUGACGUAGUUGUUAAAGAUAUAUCAUCGCAUAGAUGGUCGUACAGUGUCGGACUAGACGGGUUCAAUCAUGAAUUAUACACUUCUGAUCAUUCUUCCAGAUGGAUGGAGCAAGAUCUUCCUACAGACAGGAUGAUGACUUGGUACAAGACCACAUUUAAAGCUCCAUUAGGAGAAGAUCCGGUGGUUUUGGAUAUGGAAGGUAUGGGAAAAGGUUUUGCUUGGGUCAACGGCAACAAUAUCGGUCGAUAUUGGCCGACUUAUCUUGCCGACGAAGAAGGUUGCAGCCUGGAACCGUGUGACUAUAGAGGUUCAUAUGACAAUAACAAGUGUGUCACUAAUUGUGGCAAACCUACUCAAAGAUGGUAUCAUGUGCCUCGAUCGUUCCUUGUUGAUGGUGAAAACACACUGGUUUUAUUUGAGGAAUUUGGAGGGAACCCUGGUAGAGUUAAUUUCCAAACUAUAUCAGCAGGAAAAGUUGGUAUGAGUGCUGCUGAAGGUGAAGAAGUUGAGCUUUCUUGCAAUGGUAAAUCAAUUUCUGGAAUAGAAUUCGCCAGCUUUGGUAAUCCUCAAGGUUCAAACGGUGAUUAUAUGGUUGGAACUUGCCAAGGAUCUAAUGAUGCUUUAUCAAUUGUGCAAAAGGCAUGUGUUGGGAAGGAGAGCUGCAAGAUUGAAGCUUCUAAAGAUUUGUUUGGAUCAACAAAUUGUGGAGCUGAUGUUGUCAACACUCUAGCUGUGUUGGCUGUGUGUUGAUUAGAUUAGAUCCUUAGUUUUGAGAUUAGUAUAGGACUUUUUUUAUCUUUAUUUUAUGAGUUUUAGUUUCAGUUUCAUGUGUAGGUUUUUCACUUCUAUUU